AUCAUGUUCAACUAGUCAAUGCUCAAACCCAAAUCUCACAUGAACACCCGGGCACUUUUUUGUUGCAUGCAGUUCCUAUAUAUAUAGCGGAGCAGGCAGCAUUGCUUCCCCAUCACAACAUAUCAUAAAAUCUCCCUACAAAGCUCUCUUAACAACCACAUCUUCUCUCUCCAUCAACAGGAAUAUCAUUUUCCAGCAAUGCCUCCAAGUUUCAUUUCUCUCCUUCUUCUUCUCCUGAGCUCUUUGUUAUUAAUCUCAGAAGCUCGUCCUCUGAAUGUUGCCCAGUCACUCGGCCGUGGAAACAAAGAGAUUGAGGUCUUUUUAAAUGGAUUUUACAUUAAAAACGGUGGUCCUAGCUCCGGAGGAAAAGGACACAUGUAUACUAAUGCUCAAAGUCUUGGAUGGAUCAAGAACUCUGGUCAAUCCACUCCCGGCCAGGGACACUAUUACACUACUAGUGCUCCUCAAACUCUUGGAGGGAUCAAGCACCCUGGUCCGUCCACUCCUGGUCAGGGAAAUUAUUACACCACUAGCGCCCCUCGAACACUUGGAGGGAUUAAGCACUCUGGUCCAAGUCCUGGUCAGGGGAACUACUAUACCACUGGUGCUUCUCGAACAUAUGGAGGGAUCAAGCACUCUGGUCCAAGCCCUAGAGGUCCGGGAAACUGA